AUUGGAAUUGGAAUUCGUAAUCGACGAGGGUAGCUUGAACGCGACCCCUUUAGUCAACGUCUACUGCAAGGCUUCGACGGACGAUAGCGGAAGGCUAUCUUUUUGCCUGCAUAUUCAACUCAUCCUGUACAUUAUAACAUUUAGGCAGGUCAUGAAGGCGACUACGGGUGUAUUGCUUAUGUUGGUGCUGUCCGCGUGCGUGCUCUCGUUGGCCCAAGCAGCCAGGAGCCGGCCCAGCAGCCAGAACAGUUUCCGAAAGGCGGCCAACGGCGUCUAUCAGACGCUGAGCAACGUGUUCGGCGAAGAGAACAUCCGAGGCCUUUACAAGUUCUUCUCCAAAACAACAGAGCGCUUUGUUCAUGGCGUGGACUCCUUCCUUGACACUAUCUGGAAAAUCUGGGUUGAUUUCCUUGAUGUGAUGGGAAUUGACUCAUCCAACCUGAGCCACUACUUCAGCCCGGCAUCCCUGAGCAGCAACCCAGCACGCGCCCUGCCCCUCAUGGCCGGUGCCCUUGCAGCCCUGUGGUUGCUGUCUCUGUUCCUGGGUGGGGUGUUCUACGUGCUGCAUAUUUUGUUCGGCCGCUUCUUCUGGCUGGCGCGUGUGGUUCUGCUGGCAAUGGCCUGCCUAUACGUGCUGCAGAAGUUCGAGGGCGACCCAGAGCGCGCACUGCUGCCGCUGUGCGUCAUCAUGGCACUGUACUUCAUGACUGGUCCCGUGGGUGUGUACUGGCGACGCGGUACCAGCUCGCUGGAGGAGAAGAUAAAUCAAUUGGAUACUCAGAUCCGCCUGCUCAACAUCCGGCUGAGUCGGUUCAUCGAUGGCCUAGAGCGCAUGGAUGAGUAAAAGCAGCAGCAGCAGCAGCGCCCCCUCCACUGGGAUUUAAACGUCCAAUAAGAAUUUCACCUGCUUGAGUUCAUGGCCUAUUGUCCUCAAGUAUUUCAACCCUUUGUUUGCAUGAUGGCCACUCCAUUUUUGUGUUUCCGACAGUGGCACCUUGAACUAGGUCAAAAUUUUUAUCAGGUGUACAGGUCAGGUUUAAAGUCACAUUUUAACAUUUACCUGUCAUACGUGUGUAAAAAGAAGUCUCGGUGAUUGGUUCUCACAUCAGCCUUGUUCACGAUUCGAAUCUUUGCAAUCAAUCACCGGAAAUUCGGCGGAUGAUUCAGUUGUUUUUGGUUCACUGACUCGAGUUAUUGGAAAGACUACACUCUCGUUUCAUAAAAUUGGUAAACUCACUCAAGCUAGUGAAAAGGAAACGAAGAUGAUUUAGAUCUAAGGAUGCACCGAUCACAAUUUUUUGGCGGACUGCUCAAAAGUAGUUCUCGGAAUAAAAACUGACAGUUGCUGAUUAUUUAUUUUCCUCAUUCCCUGGAUUGCGAUGAGAUCAGUGAAGAAGAUGGAUUCUAUUUUAAGGCAUCAUUUUUGGGCCUCAUACCUUGCAGUGUGGAGGUAGCUUUGGUACGAGUUCUUCUCUGAUGACCAGUAACGCAGAGAUCCCCAUGACUACUUGCUAGCCAUCUUCUCUAACUAGCACGACACUGAAACACGAUGGACAAAAGUACUUUACACUGACUUCAAACAUUAUUUUCUCCUCCCCUUGUCAGAAAAGUAAUGUUUGAUGCUGACUGAAGUGAGGUUUGUGAGGGGCACUGACAUCACACAUUAUCAUAUCAAAAAUCUGACAGACAUGGAAGGCAGGUUUUCAACUUGAAUUUCCAAAUUAUAUCUUGGAUGUACCACUGUGCGAUGUUAUUCCACAAAAAAAAACUUCCUGUUUUUCUUUGUUAAAUUAUUAAAGAAUAUUUGGACAACACAGGUCAAGAGAAAAAAAGACCCUGUCAAAAAUGUAGUGUUUGUUCUCUCCCUAAAUUAGCUAAGUUAAAAUGCCCCGUAGCCCCCACCACCCAGUUUGCCCACCAAAAAGUAUGUUCUGAAUACUUUAGUCCACACCAUGUGUAUGCAGAUAUUGAUGUGACUGGAUCAUUACAGGAAUGUCUCCCAUCAUUGAUACACAAUAUUAUUCUCAGGGACUAAUUGGACUAAACAUUGAGCAUUUUCUUUUUUUUAAUUCUGUUUAUGUUAUGAUUAUUAUUGUUUUAAAUGAAAUGUCAGGUUUGUCUCCCCUGCCCAAUCCUAACAAUGGACAGUUUUUUGAAUUCUCUUGUGGAAUGUGGACUUGAGACGCCAUUUUGGAUCCGAUGGUUAUGCCGCACCAAGUUCAAAGAAGCCACGAAUAACAUCACAAGUGUUCUCUACAGGCAUCUUGUAAUUAAUUCAUAACUGCAAACGUCUCAAAUGGCUUUAAAUUGUCCAAAAUUGAUCUGUUUGCAUCCAUGUUGUCUCAAUUAAUAGUGAUGGAUCAUAAAUUCUAUUACCACAGAAACAGUACUUUCUUGCACUAAUUACUGUACUUGAGUCAAUAAUACAGCCUGCUACUUUUUAAGUGAUAUGAAGGGGGAAAGUGUAUUUAAAAAAAAAAAAACAAUUACGUGUGUUUUAUUAUAGGGUCUGGGUCACUUUUAUACAGCCCUCUGAGGGUCAUGCAAAGUUGAUGAAAUAUGAUCCACAUUUUUAUUAUGCAUUUUUGGGCUUUGAAAAAUAUUUUUAUUUGAAGAAAUGCAUGGAAGACUGCAUCUUUUGGCCCAGCUGUUUUAGUCGUGUAUAUAUGUGAAAGUGCAAGUAAGCUUCAUUUCGUCGCAGUUGAUGGAUGGAUGUUUUAUUACGUACUCGCAGCAUGUUUUGCUUUUUGUUUUUUUAUGAAAAUGUUACAAGUCAGCUUAGAGAUGUUUGUCAUUUUAAAAAUAUUCACUGGUCAAGAAACUCAAGUGAUGUUACACUGAAAAGGGGUCAAGUUUACAAAUAAAAAAGGUCCCUUGUGUUUGUGGUAUUUUACACUGAAAGGAAUAUGAUUAAACACACUCCACUUUUGCAACUACUGCAUUAAAAACAUUCAAAUGCUAUUCCUUAUUUAAAAAAAUGUUAAGACAACAUUUAUUUAAUGACUGAAUCUAACGGUAUCCUCACUGUUCCUGUUAUUCCAUAGGCAGCCUUUUUCUGUUACGUGCCAACUUGAAUCAGUGUCAUUUUUAUAUUCACAUUCCUCACCUUUUUUUUCUUCUCAUUUUGCCAUGUUGUACAUGUAGAAUAGGCCACGUGGAAAGUUAAAAACUGUGAUUUGGUGUGUAUGUGUUUGUGAGUUGAAAUGCAAACAUGUCGCUGGGUAGCAAUUGAAUCUUGUGCUUUUGUGUGUGUGUGUGUGUGUGUGACCAAUUCCAAAUAAAUUCCAUAUUUAAAUGAAUAAAAAACAAA